AUGGGGUUAUCCUCUACAGCUUUGUCAGACAUGAGCGCCGCUCACUAUCGCACCCACAAGAUCUUCCUCCUGUCAAACUACAUCCUCCUCGGUGCCGCCUCGAGCUGCAUCUUCCUCACUCUCUCACUCCGCCUGAUCCCCUCCGCCAUUGGCUUCCUUCUCAUACUCCUCCAAGCCCUCACCAUCGCUGGCGCCAUCUCCGGCUGUGCCGCUGCCAACUCAACCUCCAACAAGUGGUACGGCACCCACAUGGUGGCCACAGUGCUCACCGCCAUCUUGCAAGGCGCCGUGGCUAUUCUCGUCUUUUCGAGAACAUCGGAAUUUCUUCUCGGCGAGCUCAGGUCUUAUGUAAGGGUGGAUGAUGGAGAGAUCAUAUUGAGAAUGGUGGGUGGCCUCGGAGUGGCGAUCUUCUGCUUGGAGUGGGUGGUUCUGGCUCUGGCUUUUGUGCUAAGGUACUAUGCGUAUGUGGAUGGAGAUUGUGGAAAAAGGAAUGCCAAAGAAGACAACGGAUAUUUCGCAGAUAAAUGUAAGGGCAUUCAUGUAUUUCUCAUACCCACGAACAGCGGAAAGCAGCCGAACGCAGGAGGCUUCCUUCGGAUGUAGAAAGCAACUGCGGGACGCAGAAAUUUUCAGACCGGAGCAUGACCGCGUAACGCCAAACCACCUCUAGGUUACGUUUCGUGCCGCACAACAGGGAAAAAGCCGUCCCAAAUGCA